CGGGCUUGUAGUCGGAAACAUACAAACGCCCCCGCGAUAGAGAGCCCCUUCCCUCCUACAUCCUCGUUGCCGCUUCUCUGCGCCCGUCCUGUCCGAUUCAGCUGUAGCCCUCCCGCGCACACGACAGCCCGCCCACCAUGUCACGGCGGCCCAAUCCCGCCGCCGAUCGCGCGGAGCAGAACCGCCAGACGCUCAAGAGCUUGGUCAAGAUCGAGGCGAACAAGAGCUGCGCGGAUUGCAAGAGGAACAAGCACCCGCGAUGGGCCAGCUGGAACCUAGGCAUCUUUGUGUGCAUUCGAUGCUCCGGCAUUCACCGUGGCAUGGGAACACACAUCAGCAAAGUCAAAUCAGUGGACCUGGAUUCAUGGACCGACGAACAGCUACAGAGCGUGCUGAAGUGGGGCAACGCGCGCGCGAACAAGUACUGGGAAGCAAAACUGGCACCUGGGCACGUCCCAUCGGAAACCAAGAUUGAGAACUUCAUCCGCACAAAGUACGAGUCGAAGCGAUGGGUCAUGGACGGCCCCAUGCCAGACCCAGCAUCACUGGAUGUCGAGGACGAUGACAUGCCCCUGAAGAAGGUCCAAGAAAAAGUCCAGAUCGAACGUUCUGCAUCGCAACGCCUCGGCGGUUCGUCCUCACGCACACCCCCACCACCUCGAGCCGCGCCCCCACCGCAGCCCGCCAUCGAUCUGUUCGGCGACGAGACACCUGCCCCUCCACGCGCCAGCACCGGGCCUCCUCAGCCACGCGCUGUUCCCCCGAAAGCUGAGCCAGCGCCACCGAAACAAACCAAGGCUGGCGACUCUCUGCUGGGACUCGACUUCCUAGGUAGUGCCCCAUCUCAACCCGCCCGACCCUCCAGCACCGGCCCAGCCGCCGCCGCCGCCCCCUCACGGCCAGACCUUAAGCAGUCGAUCCUCUCUCUGUAUGCCGCAAAGCCCGCCGCACCGCCGCAGCCCCAGCAACACGCGCGGCAAGACUCAUUUGGUGGUCUCGCCUCUCCCUCGCAGCAGUCGCCCCAGGCACAGCAGUCCUCGUUCGGUGGACUGAAUGACGCAUUCAGCAGCCUCUCCUUCGGCGCGCCCGCCGCCGCACCGAAACCCUCCCCCUUCUCCGGCCUGGACUCCUUCUCGAGCGCCAAAUCUCCGCCCUCUACGUCGUCGUCAGCCAUGUUCGGCGGCGGCGGCAACUUCUUCGACUCCGCGCCCGCACAAAAGUCGCCGCCGAUCAGGCAAACCACACAGAACCCCGCAGGCAGCAACUACUCUGCCUUUUCUUCUGCGCCCGCGCCCGCGCAGACAAGCUCGGGCAUGAACGACCUCCUCGAUCUCUCCAUGCCGUCUGCCCCCGCUCCCCAACCUCCGGUCCAGAGCAUGGUUUCACCACCAAUCAACCAGGCGUUCAACCUCUCCCAGCCCGCUGCACCCCAAGCAGCCCCGACCCCUGCAGCCGCACCCGCAGCUUCCUUCUCUGGCUUCUCAAACAUGGACGCGUGGGGGAGCACUGAUGCGUGGGCGUCCCCCGCUGCACAACAGACGACAUCGCAUGCGCCAGUCCAGCCCAGCACGCAAUCACAUGCGGCACCGAAGAGUCCUGGCUGGGGCGCCCCGAGCGUGACGCAGGACGAUGACUUUGGCGGGUGGAGCAGUGCCGCGCCCGUCCAGAAAACGACGACCGCGACGACCGCGACUCACCAAUCGACUUCGCAGAGUAAGCCGGCGGGCGGAUUCGGGGGAGGGGAUGAUUUGUUUAGUAAUGUUUGGGAGUAGGUUGGGUAGGAACUGGGGAGGGUUUGGGUGUGGGUUGGCGUACAUACGUAGAGACUGGAGGUACCGGGUGUGGUGGGGAUUGUGGAGGUGUAGACGGGGGGUAGAAGCGUGU